AUGGCUUUACCGGUGGUCAAGAGCUUUAUCGACUGCUCAUCUCUCGAGAAGACUGUGUACCCAUACCUCCCACAGCUUUACGAUCUUCCUCAGCAGAUUCUCCAAACCUACAACAACCCGACUGGGUUGAAGAACCUUUACUUGGCCACGAAUCCGUUAAUCUCUGCCUGCGCUUUCUCAUUGUUCUUAGCGCCCCUAUUCCUGAUCAUCUCCGAGAUCAACAAAAACUACUCCCAAGUGGACCGACUUUGGAGCAUACUUCCGACCAUCUACAAUGCACAUUACACACUUUACGCUCACCUGUCUGGGUUGAAUACCGAGCGUCUGGAUAACAUGAUUGCAUUUAGCGUUGUGUGGAGUCUUCGAUUAACUUUCAAUUAUUGGAGAAAAGGAGGCUACAGCAUUGGGUCAGAGGACUAUCGAUGGGAGGUACUCCGACAGAAAAUCCACCCUGGCCUGUUCUUCGUCUUCAACGUUCUGUUCAUUUCUCUUGCACAAAGCAUCCUACUCUUCCUAAUUACGACUCCCACAUAUGUUAUGCUUCUGGCAGGCAGAAUUGGAGGAGGUCUUACCACAGCAGACAUGGUGUUUGUACGAGUUCUGAUGGCCUUGGUACUCUUGGAGUUCUUUGCAGACCAGCAACAGUGGAAUUAUCAACAUGCCAAGAAGGAAUACCUGCAAACAGCCAAAGUUCCACGCUCAUACUUUCAAGAAGACCUUGAUCGUGGAUUCGUGGUCACCGGAGUCUGGUCAUGGAGUAGACAUCCCAAUUUUGCGGCAGAGCAGGCCGUUUGGGUGGUCUUGUAUCAAUGGGGCUGCUGGACCUCUGAUGUUCUGUACAAUUGGACCUUAAUUGGUGCUAUGGCGUACUUGAUCCUUUUCCAAGCCUCGACCUGGUUCACUGAGCUCAUCACAACCUCGAAAUAUCCCGAGUACAAGGAGUAUCAGAGUCGCGUUUCCAAAUUCAUCCCUAAACUUUACACCGAUCUUCCAGGAGACUUUAGAGAUCAGAGAGCUGUCAACAUGGUUGAAGACAAGGCAGGCGAAACAGAGAGAGCUAUUGAGAACAAAUCAGAGAAGAAAGGGGCCAAGAAGAAUGGCACCGCCAAGAAGUAG